CCACAUUUAAGGUCAUCUUUCUUCCACCCCCUAAGGGUUGCAGUCUUACGACUAUUGGUGGUCAAUUUAUGAAAUUAGUCUAGAAGAGUCCAAGUUUACUCGUUUAAUAGGCGAAAUUUAUAGUUCAAUUGAAAAGUGCUAUGACAAGUAAUUACACAAUUCAAAUUAUAUGUCAUUAUCGGGUAAAAUAUAGUAAUUAAAUGUCAUAAUACAUAUAUAGCAACUUAAGAGUGGCGCUAAAACAAUUAGUCAACAAAAUAUAAAAACUAGUUACAAAGUAAAUCUAACUAUAUUAUAGCAAACUUGGCAGAUGACCUGUGACAGGAUGUGUACAUUAUUUAUCCAUUAUUCGUCCAUGCCACUUUUUUGAUAUUUUUACGAAGGUAUAUAAACUACCACUCUUUUCUCCACUUUUUGACUUCCAGUAAAUUUCAAUUGUCUCUUUACAUAAUUAAGUUUUAUAAUUAAAAUUCGUUCAAUAUGCCCAAUCAACCCCAUAAGAUUUUCUUAAAAGGUGAAGAAGCCGAUUUUGUUGUUUUUGUUGAAGAUGCUGAUUUAUUAGCUAAAUAUAGAAAGAACGAUACGACAAUCCCAAUAAUUGAUAUAGUAUCAAUUUAUAAAAUAUUUGCUAAUAGGCUGGGUGGAGCUGAAGGUGUGUUUGAUGAAGCUUCUAAAUCAGAAUUAUCUAAUCAAUUUGGAACUUCUGAUAGGGAUGUAGUAAUUAAGAAGAUCUUGCUAGAAGGAACUGAUAAACGUCAAACUACUAUACACAGAGGAUAUGGUGGCCACAAUGAUUCCAUAGGAAAUGGUAAUUCAGGCAAUUGAGGCCCAUACUUUAUGAAACUAUUAACGAUCGCCUUUACUUUGAGCUUA